GCUUCCAGUUAGUCGACAGUUACAACAAUGUUCAAGUUUGUGGUAUUGUGCGCUUUCGUGGCGGUGGCGAUCGCCGAACCUGAACCCAGUUCCCUGAUCGCCCCGUAUGCGCCCCUGGCGUACACCUCGAGCUUUAUAGCUCCGGCCACCACUACCAUCACCAAGACCGCCAGCAGCGUGGUACACCCGCCCUACUACUACCCCGGAUACGCUGCCUACUCGUCACCUUACUAUCCACACUUCAUAAAGAAGCGCUCGGCGCCCCUGGCCUACGCUAGCAGCUACAUCACACCUUCGACCUACUACACAUCAGCUCCAUUGAUCGCUCCCGCCUACUCUACCUACUCUGCGCCUCUUCUGCACAGCGCCCCUUACAUUUCUGCGCAUCUGCCCUAUGCCGCCCCUGCUCACUUCAUCAAGAAGAGGUCUGCUUCCCUGCUUCCUUCCACCUACAUCGCGCCUACUACUACUUACUACUCCCCUUACUACCCCUCAUAUUACCCUUCCCUCUACUCCUCCUACUACCCCUCAUAUUACCCUUCCCACUACCCCUAUUACCCCAUCAAGAAGUAAACGGUUCAUGCAACUAAGUAAAAGUAUUUACAUUCGAAGACAAAAAAUUUUAACUACAACAUUUGCAAAUUAUAUAGUAACCUAAUGCCAAUAACAAGGAACUCCUCCGUAGUGAUCUUCAACCGUUCUUUCAAUUGAUUUUGUAUAACUGCUACUGUACACCACUUCAUCAAAGUUGUUAACCAUUUAGAUGUUAUGUGCAAUUUCCUUCUAGUAGUAAUUACAGUCAUAUACAUAGAAAAUCUCGAUGCAAUAAAAGUUGUAAAUAAA